AUGAUGGCUCGUUGCAGGGAGGAGGAAGCAGAUGUAAGGCAGCCGUCGGAAGACGGUCGUGAACCACAGCGGGCAGGCACUUCUUCCACUAUCGAUAUCAAAAAUUCUCUCACCAGUAAGCAGGAGUGUGAAGGCCAGUACGAGCUGUCCCCCGUGGGGGGCAGCGCCGGGGGGGCAGCGCUGAGCGGUGCCGCCCCGCAGGUGAAGCUCACCCAGGAGGUGCGGGUCCACCUCCUCGAGCAGCUCUCGGGCCUGCAGGGCAAGCAGCAGCGGGACGCCGAGCUGCUGGAGGACAUCAGGUCCUACAGCAAGCAGAGGGCCGCCAUCGACAGGGAGUACGGGCAGCCACUGUGGAGGGUUGUGUCCCCUGCUCUGAGGACACCCAUGAGGUGGGCAGCUGGUGGGGGAGGGGGGCCUGGUUUCAUCCCCAGAGUGGGACGGUGGGGCGCUGGGGUGCGCGGGAGGGGUGAGUUCCUGAAGAGAGACUGGCAGCGGGGCCGCGGCGAGGCCAGCGACUCGAGGAGUGCAGUUGCUGUCUGGAAGGGCAUCAUCGAGGGGACGGCGCACGCCGGGCAGGUCCGUGUCACUGCCUCAGAGGGCUACCGCACCCUCGCCGCGGAGGCCACCCGGACCGCCCGCAUCUCCAAGGAGCGGAUGCUCAAGAAGGUACCCAGGGCGAGGACGUGUCCCCCAUGCCCAGGCGGGGUGUGCCGGCUGCUGCCGGGGGAUGACGGGGCCAGCCUGGAGAAGGAGGCACGGCGCUGGGCCACACGGGUGGCUCGGGACUGCAAAAACAAGGCGCACAGCGAGGAGGGCUGCCAGGCGGACGAGCUGUCCAUCGCCCAGGGCGAGGAGCUGGAAAUCAUCGAGGAUGGUGAUGCAGAGGAGUGGGUGAAGGCUCGGAACAAGGCAGGCCAGGUUGGUUAUGUCCCUGAAAAGUACCUCCUGUCCCUGGGUGGCGAGCCGGGAGCCGGGGAUGGCCCCCCAGGACCCUCUGCCCUGCACCGCCAGCUCUCCAGUAUCAUGGCCGCGGAGCUGGUGCUGGAGCCUGGAGCCUGGCUGGUGCGAGCCCUGUACGACUACGAGGGGCAGAGCCCCGAGGAGCUGAGCUUCCCUGAGGGGGCCAUCAUCCGGGUACUGCCCCGCGCCCCUGGUGAGGUGGAUGAUGGCUUCUGGACAGGCGAUUUCGACGGCCGGAUCGGCGUCUUCCCCUCCCUGGUGGUGGAGGAGCUCACCGGGGGCCAGGGGACAGCCGGGCAGCUCCGCGCGCCCCCCCCGCCGCCCGGCAGAGCCCCUGAGCCCGACCCUGAGCUGCACUUCAGCUGA